CAGAUCUUUCUGUGGUUCUUUUCUGGCUCCUUGUUCACGGCGAGCUUUUUCAUGAUACCAACAAACGACCCGAACAAAUGAUUGCAUGCACGAGACCUGAUCGAAUUUAGACGAAGUUUCCUUAUCAUUUACUGAUAUUACAGAAAUGCCUCAUACUGCAUAUUCACAACCUCACAAACGAAGCGUCACUAUGCCACGCAAAGCUCCUGUCGUUUCGUUGCCAGAAGGAAGGGAGACGGUGGUUGUGAAGAUGAUCAACCCUGUCAACUUUGGGCCGGCUAUCCUCAAGCGUUUCAUGGCUCCUGAUGUUUCGGGUCUGGAAACUUUCAAAACGUCCCCUUCUCUCUGCUUUCUCCUGGAGCAUCCUUCUGGUCGAAAGCUGGUAUGGGAUCUAGGGAUCAGAAAAGACUACAACAACUAUGCACCUUCGAUAACUAAUUACUUGCCAACCACGAAUUAUGACAUUCAGGUGAAGAAAAAUGUGAAGGAUAUUUUGGAAGAAAGUGGUGUUGCUCCGGAGGAUGUCGAAGCAGUGAUCUGGAGCCACUGGCAUUGGGAUCACAUCGGUGAUCCAUCCACGUUCCCGAAAACGACAGACUUGGUCGUUGGUCCAGGAUUUAAGGCGGCGAUGCUUCCGGGAGCACCUGCAAACCCCGAUUCUCCUAUACUCGAGAAGGAUUAUGCUGAUCGGAACUUGAGAGAAAUCUCGUUUGAAGAGGGGCCUCAGACCAUUCGCAUCGGGCGGUUCCCGGCAUUCGAUUACUUCGGAGAUGGCUCUUUCUACUUGCUGGAUAGCCCAGGCCAUGCCGUGGGUCACCUAUGCGGACUAGCCCGGACAACUCAAAGUCCGGACACGUUUAUUCUUCUUGGAGGUGACGUCUGUCACUACGCAGGAAUCUUCCGGCCUUCAAAGCAUCUGCCUGUUCCCGCGUCAAUCUCACCCCAUCCUUGCCAGCCGCACGGAGAUACCGCACUUUGUCCUGGUAGCGCUUGGGACCAGCUCCAGAAGUCUCGGGGUAGAGCAUCCACAGAUACACUCUUCGAUGCAACCUUUGGUCUGGACCUUCCUAUGGUGGGAAGGACAGUAGGAUGUCUCCAAGAAUUGGAUUGUGACGAGAACAUCUUUGUCAUUAUAGCUCAUGACUCGACAGUCAGAGACGGUGUGCCUCAUUUUCCCAGCGGUCUCAACGACUGGAAAUCAAAAGGCUGGGGGGAGAAAGUUAAAUGGUCAUUCUUUCGCGACCUGGAGUCGUACUGGGACUCGAAGGGGCUGCUGUAGAAAUCGGGCCUAAUUUAUAGAAUACGCAUCUUCAUGCAGUUGCCCACUAGAAUGUCCUGAAAACUUACUAAGGCAUCUGUAGAGUAAACGUUUAUUUAAC